AAAGUCAUGUUUUUUCAAUUGAACACGAAACUCUGUUUGUUUACAGAUAAGAAAAAAGUUAUUAAAAUUUUCCAUUAAUUAUUGUCCAUCAAAUUUAUAAUUUUCAUAUUAAUUUAGUGAAGACUAAAAUAAAGCAAAAAGACCAAAAUAAGACUUAGAAAAUAAGAUGUCUGAAUUGUGAUGUAUUGUUAUUUAAUUAUGAGAAAUUCUUAGGUUCACCCCCUUAGUGAACUUAUAGGUUCACCUACCCAAUAAUAUCUUGCCAACUCAUAUUCAGUUUUUAGAAAACAAAAAGUUAAAAAAUUAGAAAUAUAUUUAUUUACAGAAAAAAAAAAGGAAAAAGAUAAACGUUAAAGUUAAUAACGCCGUCGGAAUCAAUCCGCCUUCUUCUUCAUCGGUACAUAAAAGAAAUACUUUCAAGUCUCAAAUUCUUUGCUUUCUAAUUCACCUUGGACCAUCCAACAAAAACAAAAAACUUGACAGCCACAAGACAAUCCUCUUCCUCGGGAGAAGAUGAGUACACUGCUACGUUGGUGACCGUCUGAGUUUGGCAGUGAGGAAGAGCCACAAGAGGAGGCAGAAAUAUACGUUUGGCAGAGAUAUACGUCUUGGAUCAAGUUUAUCUUCCUUCUGUUGUGCCUCACGAAAUCAAGAAGUGGAGGUAAAACUAUGCUGUCUAACAAAAAUAAGGCUUAACAGUUUAAAUACUUGCAACUGCUAAACUAGAUUCUUGCCCUUGAGAACUUAUUUGUCUGUAUCUAAUCUGCUAACAGUGUUCCAAAAGAAGUUACGAGAUCUUCCAGGGAGCUUGGUGUCUCAACAAGCAGUAUGCCUCCAUGUCUGUGUGUAAACCUCUUAUAUUUGCAUUAUAUUCAUUAUUCUUUCAGGUCUUGACUUCUCGUUUGCUGGCUUCCAAAAAACUCUAGAGUUCAUUGCCACCAUGGUUUAUACCUUAUGUCUUAAUGCUGCUCCGUAGUGAUUGAUCAUAAAUCUGGAACAAAAAAUGUGAGUGCAAGUGGCUCACUGUUCUCCAUCUCAGACUCAGGAUUCAGUUUAGACUGUCAUGUUUCUUCAUCUCAAGGUCUAAACAAACGGUUUGCCAUAAACUGAAGACUAAAAAUAUGUUGCAUCGAUCAUUGGGGUAAACAAUCUUCAUUAAAAAAAAGAAAAGUAGAAAUACUCUAAACAUGGUUUUGUCCAAAACACCAUAUGCGAAAAUACAAAAAAAAAAAUCAAUAAAAAACAGGCAACUCUAUGAGUCAUCGCUACAAUUCUUGUCGAUGUCCUUCGAUGAACCAUCACCAUAAUUCUUGUCGAUAUCCUUCGAUGAACCAUCGCCAUAACUUUUGUCAAAGUCCUACAAAAUAAAACAAAAUUUGUUUUUCUAAAUGACAUAUAAAAGUAAUUAUUAAUAACAGAUAAAAUAAAAUAUCUACCUCGAGUAAUUGCGAGAAAAAUGACCCGCUAUGUAAUGUCGAAUUUGUGGCAGCAACAGAUAAUUGGAUACUAGGAGUGAGAAUUGGUUCCUAAAUGAUUUAUCAAAUUUUAAAAUAUUAACAUAUAACUAAAUUAUAAAUAUUUUACAUAAUAAAAUUUUUACCUGGGAUACUUGAGAGAAAAAUGACUCAUUAUGUAAAAAAGGACCGGUGGUAGCAAAAGAUGGCUGGGUAUCAAGAGUACAAGUUGAUUCCUGGAGCAUUUAUAAAUUUAUUAUACAUAUAAUGAUUAGUCACAUUUCGAUGUCAAAUUGACAUAGACCAAAAACGAAUAAUAUAUAUCAAUACCUGAAAUGAUAACUUUUUCUUUGCUCUAGCCUUACUUGAUGAUUUUGAUGUACCACAAUUUUUCUUUUCAAGAACACCUUUAAACCGACCAUGGGAUCCGACUUUUUGGUUCUUCGGUCGCCCACAUGGAUUUUUUCUUUUUAUUCCACGUACAUUCGGAAUGUCCUCAUCUCCUUCUUCUUCUUCUUCCACAAGUUUAUCCUCUGAACUAUGGAGGAUCCAUUUAUUAGCUCUCACAAGUUCUUUUUUCUUUUCCUCCAGUUUUUUAAGCAACUCAACCGCAUCUUCAUCAGCACACAAUGUCAGUUCUAUAUGUUCAGCGGCAACAGAUGCAAUCUCACGGAAAGUACGACAAAUAUGACUAUAUCGCUUUCCAAUUGAUUGCUUCACUGCUUCAUUGGGUAUCUCUGAAUGGUAAUGAGAUAGGGUCCGUGCUUUUGCCUCUUUGCUCCAUCGAUUCAGAAUGUAAGUAGGUGGAAUUCUUCUAACAUUCUUUUUGUCCAACACUUUCAAUGCAUGACGACAUAAGAUCCCAGCAAAUGAAAACUUCAUACAACUACAAUGUACUGUUUGGUUUGCAGCAUCAUACUUAACCAAAUGCUCUCGUGCAGCACCACGAUAAGAUACAUUGUAUUCAUACACCAUCUCAGACUUACUGGUCUUUUUUGCAACAUAAUCACCGAUGACUGUGUAUUCCUUUUGGAACAAAGUAAACACUUCUGGUGUAUACACUUCUUCUGGUCAAAUGUUUUACAAAUUAAGGUUUUUAUUACUAUAAAAUUAUGGUAAUAGUUAUUAACACAAAUUUAACUUAUGUAACAAAUAUAUUUUCAUGUAUUGUUAUAAAAUAGAUACAUAUUUAGAUGUUUCUACUUUUAAUUGGUUUUGUUCGGUUUAUUCGGUUUAAUCGGUUAUAUACCAAACCAUAUCCAAAUCCUACGGUUUUUAUAAAAUUAUAUUCAUUCGGUUUAUAUGGUAUAUACCAAAACCAAAUCAUAUUGUUUAUUUCGAUUCGGUUCGGCACGGUUCGGUUUUACCAUAUUAAACAGCCUUAGUUAUGGAGUCUCUAUUAAACCAUCGUUGUAUUUUCAAGUGUUGUAAAAUUAAAUUCUCUCAAUAAAAUAAAUAAUGUUCGAGUCGAAAAAAAAUUUAAGACGAUAAUAUAUAUAUUUUUGUAAAGCUUUAUUUUAAAAUAUCACAUUAUCGCCGAAGUCUUUACUUCCAAACUUAUUAUUAUAAAACAAAAAUUGAAGCAGUGAGCAACACUAUACGACUUAAAUGCUUGCUUAUUAUAUAAAGACUCCAAGGACCCUUGGAUCCCGUAUCGCCUAACAAGACUCACUUACUCAUCAACGAAAGAUUUAUCAAAAAUGGUGAGCUGCAUAACAAAAUCUCCACAGGAAGAACACACACCAAAACUAGACCUUGGUAAUAUUCAGACCCCACUAAUCUUCAACCCUUCAAUGCUUAACCUCCAAGCCACUAUCCCAAACCAAUUCAUUUGGCCUGACGAUGAGAAACCUUGCACCGAAGCUCCCGAGCUUGACGUUCCCCUCAUCGAUCUCCAAAACUUUCUCUCUGCUUCCUCUUCUCCCUCCGCCACUUUAGAAGCUUCUAGGCUCAUCUCCGAGGCAUGUAGCAAGCACGGCUUCUUCCUCGUGGUCAAUCACGGCAUCAGCGAAGAGCUUAUAUCAGAUGCUCAUGAGUGCAUGGCCCGCUUCUACGAUAUGCCUCCCUCCGAGAAACAGAAGGUUCAGAGAAAACCCGGCGAGAGUUGUGGCUACGCAAGCAGUUUCACCGGCCGCUUCUCCACCAAGCUUCCAUGGAAGGAAACCCUUUCUUUCCGGUUCUGCGACGACAAGAACAGCCCAAACACUGUUCAAGAUUACUUCUGCGAUGCGUUGGGACAUGAGUUUUUGCCACUAGGGAAGGUGUAUCAAGAGUACUGUGAGGAAAUGAGUUCCUUGUCACUGAAGAUCAUGGAGCUUCUGGGGCUAAGUUUAGGCGUAUCCCGAGACUACUUUAGAGAGUUUUUCGAAGAAAAUGAUUCGAUUAUGAGACUGAACUACUACCCUCCAUGUCAAAAACCAAAUCUUACAUUAGGAACAGGACCUCAUUGUGAUCCAACUUCUCUCACCAUUCUUCACCAAGACCAUGUUAAUGGUCUUCAAGUCUUUGUCGAUAAUCAAUGGCGCUCCAUUAGUCCCAACCCCAAGGCCUUUGUUGUCAAUAUCGGUGAUACUUUCAUGGCUCUAUCAAACAAUAUAUAUAAGAGCUGCUUGCACCGGGCGGUGGUGAACAGCCAGAGCGAGAGGAAAUCACUUGCGUUCUUCUUGUGUCCGAAAAAAGACAGAGUAGUGAAGCCACCAAGAGAGCUUUUGGACAGCAACACACCUAGGAGAUACCCUGACUUCACUUGGUCUAUGUUGCUUGAGUUCACCCAGAAACACUAUAGAGCAGACAUGAACACUCUCCAGGCCUUCUCAGAUUGGCUCACCAAGAAGCCCAUCAAAUAAAUAAAAUAACAUAUCUGUCUUUGACUCUUUGCUUUGUUAGUUACUAUGUUCUCUAUAUUUUAUGUAUAUGUUAAGAGAUCAAUAACACAGUUUAGCACUUCAUUUAUUUUAUUGAUUACAUACGACUACUAGACAAAUCAAGAAGAUAUAAGAUCGACCUAUCAAGAUUAUAACGAAGAUAUAUAUAGGGAGAUAGGAGCAUUUUCGGUCUAAUAGCAGUUUAGGGAAGCAUGAAGGAGAACUGAUACAGAAACAGUGAACACAUCAAUGCCUAUGUGCACCAUGCAUCAUCUGGGAGCUUCAUCAGAAGAAAUUAAAACAUAUGGGCCACCUUUACCUAAGAAUGAUUUCUUUCUCACAGCCAUACACUACAAGAAAACAUCGGGAUACUGAGGGAAAAAAUCGUCGGUAUGUCGUCGGAAUAACGCUAUUCCGAGGACAUACCGACGAAAAAAGUCCUCGGAAAUAUCUCCUCGGAAAUUCAUACUUCCUCGGAAUUCCGUCGGAAAUUUCCGACGGAAUUCCGAGGAAACAAAAUUCCGAGGAAAUUCCGAGGACACAAAGUUCGUCGGAAGGUUCCUCGGAAUAUACUGAGGGAAUUCUGAUGGUCCAAUCAUCGGAAGUUUCGACGAAAUAUUCCUCGGAAGUUUCGACGAAAUAUUCCUCGGAAUGUUUAUAGGAAAAUUCCGAGGAACGCCGAUCCGUCGGAAAAUUCCGAGGGACUACACCCCCUCGGAAAAUUCCGACGAACGUUAAGUUCCUCGGAAUUUUCCGAGGGAAGAAAGUUCCUCGGAAUUUUCCGAGGAACUCCAUUCCCUCGGAAUUUCGAAA